GUCUCACACAGGCAAUAAUCUGACUUCCUAUGUCAUUGCGUUUGGGUCCUCUCUUGUAAACAUGGCGUCGUCCAGUAAGACACAGGUUAUCUCCCUCUAUCGGAUGCUAUUAAGGGAGAGCAAAAAAUUCCCCUCUUACAACUACAGGACGUAUGCACUUCGCAGAGUGAAAGAUGGCUUUAGAGAGAACCUUGCGGUGGACAACCCUAAAACGCUGGACGGGCUUUUAAACCAGGCUAGAGAGAGUCUUGCAGUCAUAAAGAGACAGGUGUCCAUUGGACAGUACUACACAACCCAGAAGACUGUUGUUGAGGAUCAAGCAAGCAGGCAUUUCUGACAACCAAGCUAAUGGUUUUGAUUGGGGACCAGAAGCAGAAAAGGUUUAAUGUAUAGGCAUCAGCCACACAUGCACUCGUUAUGCAACCUGCCAUGUAUACAUAUACCAAAAGUAAAGUGUACAUUUAGAUGUAUAUUAUUAUAGUUAUCUUUUGUUGUCCAUGUCAAGAUUA